AUAAUGACGACGGCGCUUUUCAUGCUGAUCAUUUCGACCAUAACCAUGAUACAAAACCAAGUGAUGCCUCGAUACCGCGUCAACACUGUUCCACCAUCAUUCAGAGUGAAAUCAAAACCAGAAACAAUCCUAGUUCAAUAUUACAAUAAACCAAAGUUUAUCAAUUUACAGAGCUUUGUAGGUUGUGAAUAUAAAUGUGAAAUGAAAGCGGGUUCUGUAAACUACGCUUCUGCAAAGGCAGUGAUUUUUCAUGGUCCCACAAUUCAGAAAACACCACCACCACCAACAAAGCCACGUGGUCAGAUUUGGAUAAUGCAAGGCUUUGAAUCACCGAUUUACUAUAUCAAUGAUUUAUUACAAUGGAAUAAUCUGUUUAAUUGGACUUUUACGUACAGACGAGAUUCCGAUAUUACCAGAACACAGUCUGUUUUUCAUGUCAAUCCUAAAAACAUCACAUUGUCCAACAUAGUUAAGAAGUGGAAAGCUAAAGAUAGGAUGUCUGCCUGGAUGGUAUCGCAUUGUGGUGCUCACAGUAAGCGGGAUCGCUAUGCAAAGCGUUUGCAGAAUUCCAUCGAUAUUCACGUGUACGGUGAAUGCGGCACAUACAGAUGUGACAGAUCUCAUAAAAACUACUGUUUCAAACUCCUUCAAGAACAUUACAAAUAUUAUUUGGCAUUUGAAAAUUCUCUUUGUGUCGAUUAUGUUACUGAAAAAGGAUUUAAAACCUAUGUUCACUCGCCUUCGACAAUUCCAGUGAUGCGAGGUGGGCUGAACUAUUCCCUGUUUUUCCCACCAGGUUCGUAUCUCAAUACAAAGAACUUCAAAACCGUUGACAAACUAGGAAUAGCGAUUAACAACAGCAAUCAAAGCAAAGAAAGUAUGUUUUCAUGGAAAAAGACUUAUUAUGCUAGCUCUGGAACAAUGCACAGUAGUUGGUGUUUAUUAUGUAAACGACUUCAUCUGUCUAAUCAUUAUCAACGGCUGUAUUCAAACAUUCAUAACUGGUUGUACGACAAACCAAGAUCAGCAUGUAAAGUUCCAACGGAUCUGUGAAGUAUUGUCAUGUGUAUUACGUGUUUCGACUGAUGACGGAUUCGGCUUGAAACAACACUUUUC